AUGCCAGUUAGCACCGCUGCUAAGCCAAAUAAUAACGAACGAAUUUCGAAAUUAAUCAAUUCAGGCGGAGCUGAAGAAGCUCUCGAAGCCCGUCCGGGGGCGCACAAGUUGAAAUUGCUCACACGGAAAGGAUUUGUAAAAUUGGCACUCCAAUAUGGCGCCUCUCUAGUUCCCGUGUAUUCGUUCGGGGAAAACGAUCUUUUCUAUCAGCUCGAUAAUCCUGAGGGAUCUUUGGUGCGCAAAUUCCAAACAUUGUCGAAAAAUCUGCUCGGAAUUUCGAUGCCUCUUUUCUACGGAAGAGGGCUGCUUCAGCUAAACUUUCGGCUUUCUACCACAUCGGAGACCGAUUAA